UGAUUGAGGUCUUGCUAUGAAUCGUAAGAAUCUUGUUAAAAUCUAUUAAGAAUUAAAAUCAUUAAAGCUUAUACCGCAAAAAAAGUGUUGUGUCUAAUCCCAUAGAAAUUAGACCUCAUUUGGACAAACUGAGAACUAAAAAUCAGUGCACGAUUAGUUCACAGAACUAAAAAUUAGUGCAUGUUUAAAUGCAGCUAAUUCUGUCUAAAACAAAGUCCAAAUUCUCAUGAAGCUUGUGGUGGACAGAAAGAACUUGAAAUUUCUGGAAGGUUGAUGCAAUUAAUGCGCCACUUAGCACAAAUAAAAGUUAAGUAGAAAACUAUCAAUGAUAAUUGGGAGCCCUUUAAGAAUGUUUUAUUGGUACCUUCAGAAUCCCACAGCAGAGGGGAAAACUUCUUGGCUUAUGGGGAAGCAUUCCAGUUUAAAGAGAAAAUGAAAGUACUAAUAAAAAAAAAUAAAAAUUGAUGGGACUGAUGCAGGCUUAAAUUAACCAGGUUCUUGCUGUUGCAGACAACUCCCAUCACAGAAUCUUACUUGGAAGUGUAUUUAUGUCCUGACUGGAAAUAAUUCCCUACUGAGUGAUGACUUUCCCGAACUCAGGGGACUGUGACACCCCAAGUGACCAUGACCUGUGGUCCCCAGGGCUGGUGUGGUCUCCAAAUGCUUGAGCUGUUUAAUGGACACAUGCUCUGCUGCUCCCACGCUGGGUCUUGGUACGCUACUGGUUUGAAAGGACAGUUCUGGUUUUGUGAGGAUGUUGAGGAUAAAACACAGCGGAAAGAGUUCAGGGCAGAGCCAAAGUGCGAUUAGUAAAUAUGAAACUUCAUUAAAAAAACCUGAUGUAGAGACAUGAAUUAUUAAGUAGCUGCAUGUGGCACAAAAAAUGCAUAGAAAUUUCUGCAACAAAUUGUUAAAAGUAAUAACAAAGGCCAGAGAUUCAAGCUGAACAGACACAUAGGACAGAAAUAAGAAUUUUAUUUAUUUUUUACCUGGGGUUGAUUAAUCCUCAGAACUCCUAUAUCUCCUCCAGACCAUGCUCUCUCUAGAUUGCUUUGAACACAAAACAGAUGCUUUCCUAAGGCAGAUGUUCUCCUUCCAGUGCACCUGGUCAGAUCAGGAAAGCACUAGAUUCCUUUCCAAGGGUUAAAACUGAUACCUCAAAAAAUUAUUCUGAUCUUGAGACAAUAUUCUUUCCCCUUUCCAGCUGCACCAUGGCAGCACUACAGACACCCAUAAGAAAAUGAGUUUUCUAUCAUGGGCACACGGGAAGACACUCAGCAAAAAGAAAAAUAUGCACUUUCAUUUCUUAGGCUGUGCAGUGGUUAAAUUUCCCUGGUGAAAGUGAAAUCCUUGCAGUGGAGGCUUAAAGAUGGUCUGUGGUGAAACCUGAAUUACAGUAGGGUAUUUCUGGUAAAGUGCUCCUAGAAAAAACAUACUCCUUUAAUCAGAGGUACUGAUGGUGCAAACCCAUUGUAAGGGCAAGUUGACAAUUUCUGUGGGGGAAAAACCAGCUGAAUCUGUUAAUGAUUUGAGGUCAGAUUUGAAAAAGAGCUUUGAUGAGGAUUUUCUCUUACUUUGAAACCAUUUCAUUCAGACUUUCUUAAAACAAAACUUUUAAAAUGCUUGUUUUGAAGCAAUGCAUUACUCAGAAAUCAUAUUUUGUGAAGAGAAAAAAAAUUGAAAAAAACCCCAAUGCUUUCCUAUCAAGUAAAGUUUCUUAUUAAUUUUGUACUCCCAUUAUGUAGAAACUGUUUGCUGAACUUAACUACCUGUGCAAGGCACAACAAUUUGUGCUGCAGGACUAUAUACAUUUAUAUCAGGACUAGAGCCCACCCUUGUGGCAAGAGGUGUUUAUUGAAUUAGGAGUCACAUCACUUUGGUAAAAAGGAUUACAGUCACCUUUCCACAGCACUCGAGAUGAUGUUUUUCUUCUCAUUAGGAAUUCUAACUUUCCUGGAUCCUUUGCAUUUGACAGUCAUAAGUGACGGCAAUGCCAUGCUCCAGUCAGUAGAUUCUACCUUCAGUUGCAGGAAGGGACAUGUAGUUAGGCACUACUUUUUUAAAAAAGAGGGGGAAAAAGCUUGUCUUACUCUGAUUUAUUUCUUUUAGGUAGACAACCUGCACGGUCUGUGGCAUCUCCAGUGUUGGAGGCUUUUAAGAGCUGUCAGAGAACUCUUCGUCAGAGAGGAAUGGCUGGCACCUUCUGCCGUCUGCUGGCCGGCCGUGCCUCCACUGCGCUGUUUGCAGCCGCGGGCACAGGGGUGCUGACCACGGGCUACCUCCUAAACCAGCAGAAUGUGAAGGCUGCUGUGCAGGAGAAGAGGAAGCUCUAUCCUCCAAGCGCGGACUAUCCUGACCUGCGCAAGCACAACAACUGCAUGGCCGAGUGCCUCACCCCCGGCAUCUACUCCCGGCUUCGGGACAAGAUGACCCCCAACGGGUACACCUUGGACCAGUGCAUCCAAACCGGGGUGGACAACCCUGGCCAUCCUUUUAUUAAGACGGUGGGAAUGGUGGCAGGGGAUGAGGAGUCCUAUGAGGUGUUUGCUGAGAUUUUUGACCCUGUCAUUAAAUCGAGACAUAAUGGCUAUGAUCCACGGACAAUGAAGCAUCACACUGACCUGGAUGCAUCCAAGAUCACCCACGGGCAGUUCGACGAGCGCUAUGUGCUCUCCUCGCGGGUGCGGACUGGGCGCAGCAUCCGUGGGCUCAGCCUCCCUCCCGCCUGCACCCGGGCCGAGCGCAGGGAGGUGGAGAACGUCGUGGUCACUGCACUGUCUGGGCUCCGGGGGGACCUCUCAGGCAAGUACUACAGCCUGACCUCCAUGACUGAGCGGGAGCAGCAGCAGCUCAUCGACGAUCAUUUUCUCUUUGACAAGCCAGUGUCCCCCUUGCUAACAUGUGCUGGGAUGGCACGUGACUGGCCAGAUGCCAGAGGAAUCUGGCAUAACAAUGAGAAGACAUUUCUCAUCUGGAUUAAUGAAGAGGACCACACCAGGGUGAUCUCCAUGGAGAAGGGUGGCAACAUGAAGCGGGUGUUUGAGAGGUUCUGCCGUGGUUUAAAAGAGGUUGAGAGAUUAAUUAAGGAACGUGGCUGGGAGUUUAUGUGGAACGAGCGUCUCGGGUAUGUCCUGACCUGUCCUUCCAAUCUGGGCACUGGUCUGAGAGCUGGAGUCCAUGUGAAGCUGCCCAGGCUGAGCAAGGACCCCAGGUUUCCCAAAAUCCUGGAGAACCUGCGCCUGCAGAAGCGCGGCACUGGUGGAGUAGACACAGCAGCCGUGGCUGAUGUGUAUGAUAUCUCUAACCUGGACCGCCUCGGCCGCUCAGAGGUGGAGCUAGUCCAGAUUGUCAUUGACGGGGUCAAUUACCUCGUUGACUGUGAGAAGAAACUGGAAAGAGGUCAAGACAUCAAGGUGCCACCUCCGCUGCCUCAGUUUGUCAGGAAAUGAUGUUGCUGCUGAUUGUAGCAACUGAUGGUAAACUGGUGGCUGCCAUUCUGAUGGGAAGGCACCUCUGUAUAUGUCUGUAUAAAUAUGUUGUGUAAUAAAACACUACCUGAUA